CCAUUCAAAUUAAAGUAAAUUAUGAUUAAUUUUGUGCAAAUUCAUGUGUUUACUUGUCCAUCAUUUCACAAGUUACAAUUGACAUCAUCUUGACAUGAAUCGCAUACUUAGAAUGACGAUUAUAAGAUGAGUACAUUCAAUGCACCUAACCUAUCAUAUCCAACCUAUCUAAGAUGUCAUUUUCAACAUAUCCUACCCAAAAAAAUUCAACCUUUCAUCACUCACUCAACUUCAUAGUGUGUUCUUCAUGUAGAUCAUUACAGAAAAUACUCUUUCCACACUCACAGUACGACUGAUAAUAACAACGUCAAAUAUUUCCUACAGGCAAUUUCCUUUGACUUAGUACGAUGAGUAGGCCAACGGACACGGCCUCCCGUAAUAGGACGGAAACCAACAUGAAUUGGAGUGGUGGGUGAGGGUUAUUUUAUUUACAGUAAUCUGUGUUAACUCUUAUUAAUUAGAUAAAGCGGCUACAUUAUCCAUCUGAAGCUGAUUAAUAAGACAUAUCGAUGGAUCAUCCAUCCAAACCAUUCUCUCGUCCCACCUUUUUUUUAUGUGUGUCAUUGCAUGGGCAGCGCCGUUCGCCUCCCUGCUAAUGUGUCACCACCGACCUGCUCUGGAACUUUUAACGUAGCGACUAAUGCUUAGGACCCCCCUCUCAUCCAUCACUGUCUCUGCGUCAUGCAACUUCUAUAUAAGUGACAGGUUGUUUCUUUCCAGCAAUACAUUUGGCAGCUGGCACUGGAAAGCCAGCUGCACCCUUAGCUCCGCCUCCAUUGCUUCUGCUUCUUCUACUUCCCACUUGCCAAGGACCUUCUUUGUUGCUGUCAUUAGGAACUUACCCUCCGAAUCUCUAAUAACCACUCCAACCCCUGCUCUGUCGUCCCCAUACAAGCCAGCAUCCGUGCAAACAUAUGUGGUUCCCACCGGUGGCUUCUUCUAAGCUUUCCUAAUCAGUUCGGGCUCUCUGUCCACAACGGUUCUCUGCUGCUGAUUCUUCUUGUAAUCUUCCAAAAAGCUUUUUGCGUGGAUUGGAAUCUCCUCUUCGGGUAGUUUAGCUCCAUUGAACAGAUGAGCGUUUCUUUCCUUCCAGAAAUACCAUAUAUAGAAAUACCCACCAAGCCUCCACUUCCUCAUCCUUCCCUUGCUCGAAAACCGACGACACCCAUGAUAGGGUCGAACCAUACAUCUCCCCUCAUCUCAAAAUACUCAGCAACCUCCGUCUUUUGCCAGAUCCACGAUGUCCAGUCGCACUCAACAAAGAAAUGGUAUUGUGUCUCCCGUUGUUUACAGAUGGGACAGCCAUUGCCUCUUCGAGAGUCGUCCGGGUCCACCUGUCGGAAGAAUCUCUCGUCUGAAUUGCCACAAAAAUUGUCACACUUUCUGUGGCACUUCCAAUUGCCAUAGUUUCUGCCAUAAUGAUGUAGUUCCCACCGCCACCACUCCAUGCUGAGCCAUGAAGUCCUUCAACCAUAAAUAAUACCCUUCUCUUAUUGUAUAGUUUCCCUUCUUGCUCGUAUGCCAUAUCAGGGUGUCCACCUCUCCAUUUCCUCUAAGUGGGAUCUGCUUGAUGGCCUUCGCAAUAUCAUUGGGGAAACAGCUCUCCGCAACCUCUUCAUCCCAUGUUCCCGCUUCGGUGGGUGAGGGCUUGUGGCAGCAGAAUUUGGUCUUGGAAGGAAAAAUCAAAAGUUGCUGAAUUAUUAAGAAUUUGGAAUAAAUAAAUAGAAAUAAGUUUUAAUUGUUAUUUGGUCGUAACAUUUAGUUUUAAAUAAGUUUUUAAUUGUUAUUUGGUCGUAACAUUUAGUUUUAAAUAAGUUUUAAUUGUUAUUUGGUUGUAACAUUUAGUUUUAAAUAAUAUAAAAGAGCCUAUCAGUAACUUUACUAACUUGUAACUUCUCACUCCAGUGAUCUGGGUUCUAUUCUUGCAACCUUCAAGUGCUACUGAUUUUUUGUAUUGUUGUGGCCAAUACACAAGGUGGGUCUAGUACCCAAGUAGUUGUUCACUGUCUUCGUCCAUGUUGAUAGGCGGUUUUAGCAGUAUGAAGCGAUUAAACCACGAUUUCAUUACAAAAUAGUCUAUCGCUAAUUAGCUUUUUGGUAUAAUUUUCUGUACGAUUUUAUAAUAUUUGAUUUAGGAUGGACUUACUAUUAUAGCAUUCUAAACAACAAGUUAAGGGUAAUCGAGUGGAACAAAGCCAGGUGACGACAGCUGCUCGGACGGCACCAUUGUUUAAGGCAAAGACUUCUCGUACGUCUUUUUUAAGAUCAACUUGGCUGGAUUGUAUGACGUUGAGCAUAGACUUCAUCGUCGUCUUUCUUUAACAUCAACUCGGCUGAACAAAUGACUUUUCAACAUGGAACUUCAUCUGCGUCUUUCUUUGACACCAAUCAACUUGAUAAUGAUUGAUAUUAUUAUAUUGUUAAUUCACAUGAUCAGCAGCACAUGGAGAAAUAUAAUUUUCUCCAAAACGAUAUAAUAGAUCAAAGUUGGGAGCAGUUUUUCAGUAUUUCAAAUUUUCUGCAAAACGAGAGUGAAAGUAACGAGAGCAAAUUUGUCUUCGCAGUUGGUUAUUUCUUAUUCAUAGUAGAAAGAAUACACCAAUCGUGAGGAUUGAACUACAAUUCUCUUUAAGUGGGAUCUGCUUGAUGGCCUUCGCAAUAUCAUUGGGGAAACAGCUCUCCGCAACCUCUUCAUCCCAUGUUCCCGCUUCGGUGGGUGAGGGCUUGUGGCAGCAGAAUUUGGUCUUGGAAGGAAAAAUCAAAAGUUGCUGAAUUAUUAAGAAUUUGGAAUAAAUAAAUAGAAAUAAG